CCGAAGUAGAACAAAACCGGAAACAAAUUUGAACAUCGCGCUUUCCCAGGAGUCUGCGCGGUAAGAAUGAGCCAAUCACAGCGACCCAAACAGGAAGUGAGAGGGAAGAGACGGCGAGAGGAGAGAGAGAAGGGAAGAGAUAAACACAAAUAAUAAUACAAUAAAACCAACUAUUAAACUGUUAAUCAUAAACAGGACAAUAUAAGGUUUUACUAAAUAAAAGUAUCGUUAUUUUUAAUGUAUACAGCGUUCAUUAAACCAACAAGACACCUUAAUAAAUUUAAAUACUAUUGGUUCUGUUGCAUUUCAUACAUCAUCAACAAUAUCUUAUCUGACACAUGUUUGUCUCUAAACCAAGUCAAGAAAAAUUCAAUUACUGAUAUUUACAUUACCGUAAAAAAUAAAUAAAUAAGACGUUGUUGAAUGUUUGGAAUAUAAAAGCCAUGUGACCCAGGCACCAUCUUGGGAUGUUGGAUUUUGAUGCUUCAGGGAGAAAGUCAAGCUUGAAACGCAUUGCAACCUGAGUAGCUGCCAGUCCAAGCCUUGUUUUUCCUUUUUGCAUCUUCGUGGCUGCAAUUUUGCACAUAGUUCAGAUUAUCAACGAAGAAUGAGUGAAUUUAUAGUAUUGAUCAGCAGAUUUAUUGUUAAUAAACACAAAAAGACAAGUGUUUUAUGGCAGAACAGCUGAUCCCCACAAGACAGACGUUAUAUUUUAGAAUUAAGACUUGGUUUUGGGUUGGGUAAGGAUGAGGUUUAUGUUAGGGCUCAGGUAAGUGUGGUUAGGUGCCUCGUGGUUAUGGUUAAGGUCUGGGUAAGCCACCGGAGAAUGAAUGGAAAGUCAAUGCAACGUCCUCCUUAGUGACAAAAAGAAGCGUGUGUAUUUGUAUUGGUGUGUGUGUGUGCACGGCUCACUAGCUGCCAGUUUCACAAGCAUCCACCAAAACCGUUCCCCUCCCUGUUACCAUGGAAACUGUGCCCUUUCCUUUUUUUCUCCCCAUGUGCAGUGAUUUCCAUUUGUCUUUUCUUUCUCUUCUUUUUUUGUGUGCAUACCUUUCCUCCAUAUUUACCAGUUCCAGCCUCCCACCUGCCCUCACCUUUGCACCUGUGUGUGCAUGUGCUCGUGCAUAUUAUGCACAGGUAUGUUUUGUCAGUACCUGUGUACUGAAUGGAGGACUGCUCAAUAGCACAUACACUGCCUCGCAUACAGUAUGAUGACCACAUCAACAGCCAAUGGGAUCUACGGUAGCUGCUGGUGGGCUCCGACCAAUGGGAGAAACUCGCAGAUGAUGUGUGAGCAGAAGGGAUGCAGCGCCAUGGAAACUGCAGAGGGGGCCAUAAGAGUACAGCGCACUCUAGUGGCACCAGAUGUCUUUGUUUAUCCCCGUCUGCAUGGUUGAGUUCACCUUUCUGCUCCAAAGAACUUCUACUGCCUUUAGUUCUCCUGAUUAUGUCUUAAAAUGUACUGCACUUCAUUAGAGGAUCUCCCAAAAUGGAGCAGAGGGAGGUGUAUGCUUCCUUUCAUCACCUCCAGGGGGCGUCACCGACACAUCUCAUUGUCAGGGCUUGGUCUUACCACACCUGAGAAAAAUUCCACCUGCGUCCCCUGCACCUGCCACCUGCACCAGAGGAACUUAUGCACCUGCAGGAAGAUUACGUGAAAGUAAAUCGACUUAAUCCUGACAUUAUUACACACUAAUCGUCUCUCCAGAGCUUUUUUUUUUGUGCCAAAAUGUUACCCAUUAACCCAUAAGAGAAAAGACUUAAGAGAAGAUAAUCAUACAAAUACCAGUGGGUAUCUGAGGAUUAUAAUACCAUAAUCACCUGUGUCACUCUCCCACUGUCAGCGUCAAAUUUAUACAGUCCCCUCAUUCUGCUGAGGAACCUCCCUAAGGACCCAUGGGAAUUUGGGAAUCACUGGAAAUUGUAAUCUUCCCUUUAUAUAUUCUAUGUGAGGGAAAAUACAUCAGUUUAAUCGCGCAGCUGACACUCAAUGUGUGGGAAAUACGUUAUUACUGUCAGAGGACACAAUUUACUGGGUGAUAAACUGCUAAAUGUUAAAAGGAUGGAGAUAAGAAGGGGAAAGGCUGACGUAAGGUGAUGGGGUUUUGAUGGUCGACGCUUGCGCGGGACACACUGACUGGAUGCAACCGUUGGAGGAGAUUAGGAAACUGCACCUAAAUCGGACCCCCCACCGCACGCCAUCUUGGCUCUAGCGCGACUCUAACGCACGAAUCUGGGCCCGCUUUUCCCGGGCCAUUUCGGCUCCAGUCGGACCAGUUUCCUGGACCAUAGAGGGAGGAGCCUGGCAUUUCUGGAAGUCGGAGGAACAGCCAGUCAAAGCCAGCCAGCAUCUGAGCCAGCGUAGGAACUGGAGCAACGGUGGACGGAGGGUCUGCUGUGGUGGAGUACGGUUUUAAUCCCAAUAUUAACGAGCGCAGACGGCGUAUGCCACCGAGUUAAGUCGUCGACAUGCACCCGAAGGUCUCCCGUCCGGGCUCGGGAAGCUGAAGCAUACUGCAGCCCGGUCACAUUACGUGUUCGGUGGGAUAAGCCAUCUGUGAUACACUGGGUGUGCACGGCGCAAUAACGGCGAGAGCCAACCGGUUAUUCCGUCGACAGCUAGCCAACCAUUUUCCAGAGCCCCGUUAGCUUGCGGUGAAGGGAGCCUCUUUGGUCGGUGCGGGGAGUCUCCGUGGAUGCUGUCGAGGGAGUCCUGUAUCUGGCAGUACCCAACAGUAAGAUUCAAACCCGAGGCAUGCAAAAGAGGGGUGUUUUUCUGCAAACGAGCGAGGAAAUCUCCACGCCCCGGGGUCUGGUCUGUGGUUACUGUUUAGCUAGCUCACCCUACCGGGGAGAGGAGCUCCAGUGAAGGUGGGGCCGCGGAGUCACAGCCUCGGACGCCAGCUAAUGUGGCUAGCCGGCUAACUUGGACUCUCGAGUGGCCACUGGUUUUUUUUUCUCCCGUCACUGACAUUAAGGAGGGGGGGGUGGGGGGUUUAAAUCACCAGGAGUGCGCUGUCUGGCACGAUAGGAAAACCACAUUCAGCGAGAAAACACGUUAUCAUUGAUCCCUCCGAAACCCGUGUGGGUGGGAUAUCUUGAGGAGAGCAUCCUCGUUUACCUGCAUGACCAUGGCGGACGACGACGUGCUGUUCGAGGAUGUCUACGAGCUGUGCGAGGUGAUUGGCAAGGGUCCUUUCAGCGUGGUGAGGCGAUGCAUCAACAGGGACACGGGCCAGCAGUUUGCUGUGAAGAUCGUGGAUGUGGCCAGCUUCACCUCCAGCCCCGGCCUCAGCACAGAAGAUCUGAAGCGGGAGGCCAGCAUCUGCCACAUGCUGAAACACCCCCACAUCGUGGAGCUGCUGGAGACCUAUAGCUCCGAUGGCAUGCUCUACAUGGUCUUUGAAUUCAUGGACGGGGCGGAUCUGUGUUUUGAAAUUGUGAAGAGAGCCGAUGCUGGCUUUGUGUACAGCGAAGCAGUUGCCAGCCACUAUAUGAGGCAGAUUUUGGAGGCACUUCGGUACUGCCACGACAACAAUGUGAUUCAUCGUGAUGUAAAGCCCCACUGUGUGCUGUUGGCCUCAAAGGAGAACUCUGCUCCAGUGAAGCUCGGAGGAUUUGGAGUGGCAAUACAGCUGGGAGAGUCUGGUUUAGUAGCUGGAGGUCGAGUCGGUACUCCCCACUUCAUGGCCCCGGAGGUAGUCAAGAGGGAGCCAUACGGCAAACCGGUGGAUGUGUGGGGAUGUGGAGUCAUCCUCUUCAUCCUUCUGUCUGGCUGCCUUCCUUUCUACGGCACCAAGGAGCGUUUGUUUGAGGCUAUCAUUAAGGGGAAAUACAAGAUGAACCCGCGCCAGUGGGCCCAUAUCUCAGAGAGCGCCAAGGAUCUGGUGAGACGUAUGCUGAUGCUGGACCCUGCUGAGAGAAUCACUGUCUACGAGGCCCUCAACCACCCUUGGCUGAAGGCAAGAUCUCAGUAUGCCUACAAGAUCCACCUGCCUGAAACAGUGGAGCAGCUGAGGAAGUUCAACGCCAGGAGGAAGCUGAAGGGUGCAGUGCUUGCUGCUGUUUCCAGCCACAAGUUUAAUUCCUACUAUGGCGACCCCCCAGAGGAGCUACAUGACUUCUCAGAUGACCCCACCUCCUCAGGGGCAGUAUCACAGGUUUUGGACAGUCUAGAGGAGAUUCAUGCAUUGACAGACUGCAGUGAGAAAGACAUGGACUUCCUCCACAGUGUCUUCCAGGAUCAGCACCUCCACACCCUGUUAGAUCUUUAUGACAAAAUCAACACCAGGUCAUCCCCUCAGAUCAGGAACCCUCCAAGUGAUGGAGUGCAGAGAGCCAAAGAGGUACUGGAAACUAUCUCGUGUUACCCAGAGAACAUGGAGGCCAAGGAGCUUAGGAGGAUCCUCACACAGCCACAUUUCAUGGCUCUGCUGCAGACCCACGAUGUGGUGGCCCACGAGGUCUACAGCGACGAGGCGCUGAGGGUGACCCCUCCACCCACUUCACCUUACCUGAACGGAGACUCCCCUGACAGCACCAACGGAGACAUGGACCUGGAGAACGUCACCAGGGUUCGCCUGGUCCAGUUUCAGAAGAACACUGAUGAGCCCAUGGGCAUUACUCUGAAAAUGAACGAACUCAACCACUGUAUCGUGGCCCGAAUCAUGCAUGGUGGAAUGAUUCAUCGACAAGGGACUCUGCAUGUAGGAGAUGAGAUCCGAGAGAUUAAUGGCAUCAGUGUUGCCAAUCAGACGGUAGAACAGCUCCAAAAGAUGCUGAGGGAGAUGAGGGGUAGCAUCACCUUCAAGAUUGUACCCAGUUACAGGUCCCAGUCCAUGUCCUGUGAGAAAGAGUCACCAGAUUUGUCCCGACAGUCACCUGCAAAUGGUCACGCUAGUGUCACUAGCUCCAUCCUGGACCUGCCGUCGACGAUCCAGCCCAAAGGCCGUCUGAUCUCCAGACCUGCUAUCAAGGACAAAUUGUCCAUCAAGAUUUAUGUACGUGCUCAGUUUGAGUAUGACCCGGCGAAAGACGACCUCAUCCCAUGUAAGGAGGCAGGCAUUCGCUUCCGGGUGGGUGACAUCAUUCAGAUCAUCUCCAAGGACGACCACAACUGGUGGCAGGGAAAGCUGGAGAACACCAAGAAUGGCACCGCAGGCCUCAUCCCCUCACCUGAGCUGCAGGAGUGGCGUGUGGCGUGUAUAGCAAUGGAGAAGACCAAACAGGAACAGCAGGCCAGUUGUACCUGGUUUGGUAAGAAGAAGAAACAGUACAAAGACAAGUACCUGGCCAAGCACAAUGCAGUGUUUGACCAACUAGACCUGGUGACUUAUGAGGAAGUGGUCAAACUGCCAUCGUUCAAGAGGAAAACACUGGUUUUGCUUGGUGCACAUGGAGUUGGUAGGAGGCACAUCAAGAACACGCUCAUUACCAAACAUCCUGACCGCUUUGCCUACCCCAUCCCUCACACAACUCGGCCUCCUAAGAAAGACGAGGAGAACGGAAAGAACUACUACUUCGUGUCUCACGACCAGAUGAUGCAGGACAUCAGCAACAACGACUACCUGGAGUACGGCAGCCAUGAGGAUGCCAUGUAUGGAACCAGGCUGGAGACUAUCAGGCAGAUCCAUGCACAGGGCAUGAUCUCCAUCCUGGAUGUUGAACCACAGGCACUAAAGAUCCUAAGGACAGCUGAGUUUGCGCCCUAUGUUGUCUUCAUCGCGGCUCCCAACAUCACCCCUGGCAUGACCGAGGAUGACUCUCUUCAGCGGCUUCAGAAGGAAUCAGAGAUGCUGCAGCGGACCUACGCUCACUACUUUGACCAGACCAUCAUCAACAACGAGAUUGAUGACACCAUCCGACUGCUGGAGGAGGCUGUAGACCUGGUGUCCACCACUGCUCAGUGGGUCCCCGUCUCCUGGGUCUACUGACAUACACUCAACGGCAAUUCGCUCAUCGCCCUGAACGAUCCAUCUCUGAUCCAACGCGGAUGCUAAACUUUGGUCAAAUCCCCUUGAAUCACGUCUCUCAUCGGAAUCAUACAUUUCUGUAGAUACACUGUUGUUGAAAAAGAGGGAAAUGAAGAAACUAAUGACUCACGACAGAGACUUCAUCCUGCCCCUACCCACUUUUUCUCAACAGCCUCAAAGGCAUAUUGUUGUGUACAUAUAUACAUAUAUAUAUAUAAACGAUAAAAAACUAAGUGAAUAUGGUUCUGUCCUUAUAUAGUGGAAGGGUGGGCAGUGGAGGGGCAGUGUGGUAGAUAUUUUGUACUUUUCUUUUGUAAUUGAUGGAUGGGUGGUAAUAUUGGAAAGGCAAUAGCGAGCAUGACCAUAAAGCAGUCUUAUGUGGGUGCCAGUGUGUGUGUUGACCUUUAAAGGCACUUCUUGUGGUACUCUGUGUCCUCCCCUCCAACAUCCCCCAAUCUCCUCGGCCCCUGUGACAAACAAGCCGAACUCUGAAGCACAUUAGAAGCUGCUAUAGUGGCAACAAGUAACUCCCUCAGCUCCAAAUGCAAGUUUGAGUGAAGCAAAAAGCACAGGAAACUUGGCAGUUUCUUUCUCCCUCACCCGCCCCCAGCCCUUUAUUUAUUUCACUGGCCCUCUGUGCCUGUCAGUCUGUUGAAGGAGCACACUGCAUCCCUCUACGCUGUCUUUCCGUGUGUUGCUGUAGCCUCUUGUACCAUGCUUCCCUUCUCAACCUCUGACGGUCUUUGUUUACAUCUCAGUUUGCACAAAAUGGACAAUGAAGAAGACGUGCUGCAUCCCGUCACCUCACAGUUUUCAUUUGGUCUUGCCUACUCUCUUCUGGCUGUGUUUACCCCUCUCCCUCUACGUGAAAUGCUAAUCAGUGGUCAAUGGAUCUGGAAUAUCGUUCUUAGGGCAUGACCAGCUAUGAAAAAGCACUUACAUCCACAACUAAACAUGGCUCCUGAGCUGGAAGACAAAAAAAGAGAAAAAAAAAUAAACUGAAAGGAGAAAAUAAACUGCCUUAUCAGAGCCUCGGGGAAGAAGUCGGUAACACCUAUGCACACCCCUGGUUUCUGCCAGGCAGACCGCCACGACAACCAUUUUCUUCUUUCCUCGCACUCAAACAGUGAGCCACACUUGUUAAAAUGAAAAGUGUUCAUAAGGAAUGCCUGUGUGGAAGGGGAGGGCCUCAUGUAGGUGGGAUUAAUCCAAUCCUAGAGCCACCAUUUUGGAACUGUUAACUGUUGUCUUUAAAAAUAUAAGGAGUAUUCUUGUUUUGAGGGAGAGAAAAAUAACUCUAAAUUUUGUGUGUAAAUGUUUCAAUGGUGCGUACGUCAUACGAGUGAAUUACCAAGAGCCAGUGUAUAUUAAUCCUUAAAAGAAGCUCAGUAUGUGACAUAACCUCUUCAUGCUUUACCAGAAGUGGCACAGCGCCACCCCGCCUACAGUAACUCAGUAUACAGACAGUUGAAGGGUCUUUAAAAAAAAUUAAAUACAAUUUAAAAAAAGUCAAUAUUUUCAGCUGUGUGGUGUGGCUGCUGCUGUUCCACUUCAAGUAAAGUGUUUUCAUUUCAAGUCCUGUGUAAAUUACCUCUGCAAAUGACAAAAGCAGCUCUUCUGUAUGAAAUGUUGUUCUUUUUUGUUAUUUCAUUUUUAAAAAAAAUAUAUUUCCUUUUACGUGUUUAAAGUAAACUGCCUCGUCUUC